AUGCUUCUAAGCAACCUCCCCUCUGAAUUGAUCAUAGUCAUUUCCGACUUCCUCAAACCCAGAGACCUCAAUGCUCUAAUCCAGACCGCCAGGCGCUUUGCAAACCUGCUGAGCCUCCUUCUCCAAGACCGUGGCCUCACCGAUCCCAAGCUGGAAAUCCUCCUAUGGGCCGCUGCGACAGGAAACGAGGAAAGAAUCCGGAAGCUACUCGCACGCGCACAGCACAAACGAAUCAAGAUCCCUCCCAAAAUCAAGGACAGCAUGUUGAUGACUGCCGUGAGGCAUAAGCGGGUCGACCUUCUGGAGUAUCUCGUUCGCACCGUUGGCGCCAACGUAUCUGCCAGGGUACCUUAUGAACUGCCAAACAGCCCUUAUCCGCUAGCGGCAAGGACAGCGUUACAUGAAGCCGUAGAACAAGGGAGCAAAGUCGCCACACGAAAGUUGAUCGAGCUAGGGGCGGACGUGAAUGCGACGGACUAUAAUGGCAUAUCUGUGCUGCAUUAUGCAGUCGGGAUCCUUGUCUACGCCGCAGAGGAGGAAUGGGAUACGGACGAAGGUGAUGUGAACUGGACGGAUGUUCUACGAUUGCUCUUGAAGCAUGGAGCGCGGACUGAAGUGAGAGAGCCGGAUCGGGGGCAGACUCCCUUGCUCUGGGCUAGUACUGAUGGAAACACCGAGGUAAUAAGCGUGCUUCUAGAGUACGGAGCAGUUAUAAACGCAACUGAUGAAGAGGGCUGCACGGCUUUACACCUUGCGGCAGCAUCUGGAAACCACGAGGUCGUGGAGCUGCUUGUUGAGAAGGGGGCUGAUAUGUUUGCCAUUUCUCACAUGGCUGAUACGCCCCUCGACCUCUCAGGAUCCCCGUCGGUAUGGGAAAUACUGACAAAAGCGGGUGCCUUGACGGGUCCUCAGCUAGGACGCGAACUGGAGGCUCUUUUAGAUGAACGGCGGCAGCAACGAUGA